AUGGUGCAUAACUCUAAGUUCCACGGCUUACCAAUGGAGGACCCUUUGGAGCACUUAGACCAGUUUGACCGUGUGUGUGAUCUCACCAAGAUCAAUGGUGUCUCGGAGGACAGCUUUAAACUCAGAUUGUUUCCCUUCAGCUUAGGGGACAAGGCGCAUCAAUGGGAGAAGAAUCUUCCAAGAGGAACAAUACAAACUUGGGAGCAGUGCAAGCUAGCUUUUCUGUCCAAAGGAGCCCUCCCCAAGAUCAGGAACCAACUGGAUACAUCAUCAAAUGGAAAAUUUCUUGGGAAAGAAAUCAAUGCCGCUUUGGAGUUAGUUGAGAAUCUUGCUAUGUCCAAUGACACUUAUGGUGAAGAUUUCGACAGGGCGAAUAGAACAGAGGGAUCUAGCAAGGAGUUGAGGAUGGAAAAGGAUAUAAGGGAGCUUCAAAACAAGUUAGACAAGGUGCUAGUGGCAACACAAAAGCCUAUACCCUUUUUAGGCGAGUUUGAUGAGCAAGGACCGAGCUUUGAGAAUGUAAAUGAGGAUGGCCUCACAGAAGAAGAAAUCAAUUACAUUGGGAACCAAAACCGAUAUCAGAGGUUCAACAACUUUAACUCAAAUCAGAACUUCUCAUAUAGGAACCCCAAUGUAGCCAAUCUUCAAGAUCAGGUGUAUCUGAAUACUCAAGGUCAGCAGAGUUAUGUUCCCAAAGGAAAUUUUCAAGGGAACUUUGUGCCUAAGCAACAGUUUGCUCGGCAGCAAUAG